AUGGCUUUCAGUAACUGGGUGCAUAACACCAACCUGCGGGUUGCCCGCAGUCCGGUGGGGAAAUGGUUUCGUCUGGAGGGCUGUGGCCAUCCUAGAGAGAGGAAGGGAAGCUACUUCUUCACUGAACUUCGUGCCGGCCUCGCCACCUUCUUCGCCAUGGCAUACAUCAUCUCCGUUAACAGUAAUAUUACCUCUAUAACUGGUGGAACCUGCGUGUGUCCCGAGGAAGACAUGGGUGAUUUCUGUGCACACAAUGCCGAAUACGCUAUGUGCACUCAGGAAAUCAACCGUGAUCUUGUCACCGCCACCGCCGCCAUCGCCGCUCUCUCGACUUUCUGCAUGGGUUUCUUCGCCAAUCUGCCUAUUGCGCUCGCACCUGGAAUGGGAUUGAACGCCUAUUUUGCCUACACUGUUGUUGGACCUCGUGGUUCCGGCAUGGUCUCAUACUCGACUGCUCUGACGGCUGUCUUCGUGGAAGGAUGGGUAUUCCUGGGCUUGACGUUGUGCGGUAUGCGCCAAUGGCUGGCGCGUGCGCUGCCAAAAUCCAUCAAACUCGCAACUGGUGUCGGUAUCGGUCUCUACCUCGCAUUGAUUGGUUUGACCUAUAGUGCUGGUAUUGGAUUGGUUCAGGGUGGUGUCGACACUCCCAUUGAGUUGGCUGGAUGUAUCAGCUUCAACGAAAAGACCGGCCUGUGCGAUAGCAGCGAUAAGAUGCGCAAUCCCACCAUGUGGAUUGGUAUCUUCUGCGGUGGUAUUCUGACGGCUUUGCUCAUGAUGUACCGUAUCAAGGGUGCUGUCAUUAUUGGCAUUUUGUUGGUUUCUAUUAUCUCUUGGCCCCGCACUACACCCGUCACUUUCUUCCCCUAUACCGACCUCGGAACCAGCAAGUUUGAUUUCUUCAAGCAAGUCGUCACUUUCCAUCCUAUCAGGCAUACUCUGCUCGCCCAGGAUUGGAACCUCUCUGGCAAGGGCAGCCAGUUUGGACUAGCUUUCAUCACGUUUUUGUACGUCGAUAUCCUGGAUACCACAGGUACAAUGUACUCCAUGGCUCGAUUUGCCGGCGCAAUCAACGAGGCGACGCAGGAUUUCGAAGGCAGUGCCAUGGCCUACAUGGUUGAUGCAAUUUCCAUCUCGAUUGGAUCCCUUCUCGGCAGCCCUCCAGUCACAGCAUUCGUCGAGUCCGGCGCUGGUAUUUCGGAAGGCGGCAAAACCGGUCUGACGUCAUGCGUCACCGGCCUUGCAUUCUUUGUCGCAGUAUUCUUCGCCCCGAUUUUCGCUUCCAUUCCACCUUGGGCCACGGGUUGCACACUCGUGAUUGUCGGUGCGAUGAUGGCCAAGGCUGCCGCUGACAUCAACUGGCGGUACUACGGUGAUGCAAUCCCCGCAUUCCUCACCAUCGCUAUCAUGCCCUUCACAUACAGCAUUGCCUACGGUCUUAUUGCUGGUAUCACCAGUUACAUCACCCUCAACGGCUUCACAUGGUGCCUUGAGAAGAUCACCGGAGGUCGCAUCGUCCCGCCGAACAAGGAUGAGUCUGAUCCUUGGUCUUGGAAGAUUAAGGGCGGUUUCCUCCCGCCCUGGGUUAACCGGGCUGCCCAUGGAAAGAAGGACUUCUGGAAGGCCGAUGAGGAGUACGCGGAGGACCGAGUUGCAGCUGGUGAGCCUGUGUCUUCUUUCUCUUCCGGGUCCGAAGAACGUGUGCCUCUUGAGAAGGGUCAUGAGCCCACCACUGCACCAAUGAAGUCUGAGUAA